UUUGGUGUUUGCUGUUUGAUCGAUAUAAUGUGGCGCCACCAAAUAAGUUACAAGUUCUUUUUAUUUUUGCGCAAGUUUUUACGCUAAAAUGAUUUCAAACAAGACAAAAUAAAGACUAAACGCUUUUGACAACAUCGUCCUUAGACACCGUCAAACUUUGUUUUAUUUAACACAAACAAUUUAUACUUCGUUUUAUCAAGAGAUAAUUUUACAAUAAAAUUUUUGAAAAUGUUUUAAUUUGUUUAUGUACAUACCUAGGAUUUUAUUGUUAAAAGUUUAAUUGAUGGGCGAAGAUGACCUUAACGCCUCUAUUGCACAUAUCGUGCUGUGCUGUGUGGCCGGGGAUGGACUGGCUCGAACGCAUGUCAAGAGUUUCACACAUCCGGGCAUGCACGCCAACUUCUUCAUACACGGAAUACUGGGGUUCUUGCACUAUCAAAGCGGAAAAUUCAACACAGAUUUCAAGGCAGCCUACGUAAUUAGUACUCACGCGACAAGAUAUCUAGCGCUGCCGUGUCUGAUGGCGGAUCUGUACCGCGGGGACCACGGCGUGAGCACGCUACAUCUUGUCUCUGGUCUGAUCCCAUUUGCGAUGUCGUUGGCGGGGCACGAGCACCAACAUUUGGGCAACUUGGUGAUCGCUUGCAACAUCGUCUCCCUGUGUGUGUAUUCCCACCAACACGACAGGGUUUGGGGGUGGUACACAGCUGGAGCUGGCGUGCUAGCGUAUUUUUGCACCCCAGACGUGCCUAAGAAGGUUGUCUAUCCAUUACUGCUUACGUUGUUGGAGUACUGUGCGGUCAGAAUGUUCCAUGUGGACUUUAAUGCGAGUAGUGGACCUUCUGCCCCCAGGCGGUGAAUAAAAUUCAUUUUAAGAUA